GCGAAAUGAAGACGCUGCUUUCCUUCUUCAUUUUCUUACAUCUCCUUGGUACUUCGGCUGCUGUGUAUAAGCAAUGGAUCCCAAACACCAAUUUUGAAAAUGCUUCCAAUUGGGAUAAAAAACGAGUUCCAUGUGCCAACGAUGUGGUUGUUUUUGGGAGCAGUGAGGAGGUGUCUGUCUUCGUUCAGUCACCCCAUAUUUUAACAGAUAUGUUCAUUCCGCUGAACGGAGAAUUCGUUAUGGCCCCUGGUGCUGGGUUUGCAGCUUUUGACAGCAAUUAUGAACCAGGAUGUCAGACAGGUUCAGAAAUCACAUUUACCAGUUCAGGGCGUUCCCAGUGGUACGACCCCACACUGUGGCAUGCUGCAGUCUCCAUGGAAAAUCUGGAGAUGGGCAAGUAUAUAUUCUCUACGGAUGAAGAACGUGCCCCAUGCCAAUAUGAUGAUGUCCUCUUUCAGCCCGAAACCUCCUUCUGGGUGAAUAUCGAGUCAUCCGAGCAGAUGAUACAUCUCAGGAGCAUUUCUAUAAUGGGCCAGAAGUUCACCCAUGAUGAUACUCUGGCAGAAUAUAUGCAGAGCCGUUCCGCGAAGCUGCAGUUCCAUGGGCAAGGGACAUUCCGGCUGUCAAACGCCAGAUGUCCAGACAAAUCCGGCUGUGAAUGUGGCAACGCAGCUGAACAUCAGAGAAUCUGCGCUGCCUUGCUCCAGAAUUCCGAAGGCCAGUGUGCCGUGCCUACGUGCCAGAACCCAUUGGAGCCGGUUGGCCACUGUUGUGAAAUUUGUGGAGCCAUGAUUUCCCUGGAAUAUUCCUCUGGUUUUGACAUUGAACUGUAUCGGGACAGAAUACUCCAUACUUUCUUGAGUCUGCCCAAGAACGCAGGUGUUCAGAUGGCUAUAUCAAAGGUCCAUGGGCCUCGCACUUUCCUGGGACUCUUCCCACGCAGCUCUGCAUCCCUCAUCCAGGUUGUGCUAAUUGAUAACAGGACCGGGUCCGAGAGUGGCACUCAUGCGAAACAACUGGCAGAGGACGUCAUGAAUGAUAUAGCAGAAUACGGAGACUCCUUUGGCAUUGUGAGAGGCUCCUUGCAAAUAGCCACAGGGAACAACUGGAGCGCUCAAGGAACGGGGCCUCAUGUCGGUGCUACCACAGCUGGGACCGUCAUUGGUCUACUCCUAAUCCUUCUGCUAUUGGGAAUUGUCUUGCUUCUCUACAGGAAAGGAAUAUUAAGAUCUUUCCCCCCUGUACCAAUGCUCUCCCGAUGGAAGCGGAUGAAGGACUUGGAUUCUUUCGGAGAAGCUGUGGACAAAGGCUUUGAUAAUCCAAUGUUUGACACACCAUCCAACCUUGCGGCUUUGGACGGUGCAUGUUCCAUGGGGGAGAUGGGGAGCAAAAAUAGCCAGGUUUAUUUCAUUAAUCCUUUAUAUGAUGAAACAGAACUUCAGGCUUAAAAGAAAGCCAUCCUGUGAAGAUAACCCUACAUCGUAGCGAAUUCCUCCUGGACCGCUUUUGUUUGCAAUUUUGUCUCAGUAGGCUCAUCUCAUUCACCAGGACAACUGUAAGGAAUAUCCAAUUUAUUUCUGUAGGCUAGAGCUGAAGAAUUUCCUGAUUCGAGUCUAGUAACACCUUAAAGACCAACAAGAUUUUUGGGGUAUAAGCUUUCAAGAAUUAAAGCUCCCUUCUCCAGAUACUAGAUAAAGGGAGCUUUGACCCUUGAAAUAGUACAUCCUAAGGGAACUUUAGUAAAGAGUCCAGUAGCACCUUUAAGACUAACCAACUUUAUUGUAGCAUAAGCUUUCGAGAGCCACAGCUCUCUUCGUCAGAUGCUCUUUACUAUUUUGCUACUACAGACUAACACAGCUAACUCCUCUGGAUCUAAGGGAACUUUGACCCUUGAAAACAGAGCUUUGUCUUUCGAAAGCUUAUUCCCUGAAAAUCUUGUUGCUCUUUAAGGUGUUUCUGGUCUCAAAUCUUGUUGUUGUGUUGCAGACCAACAUGACUACCCACCUAAAACUUUCCUGAUGGAUUGUGCCCAAUGUCAGUUUGCCAUUUACCUUUCUUAAAAUAUUUGCUAAUUUUUGUUACAGGAAGACUAAAAUCAGUUAUUGUGCAGCGCUCAGGAAUGAUAACGGUUUGCAAGUGUACUUGUCAUUGUUUCUAGAAUUCACCCAAAUCCAGCAGGAAUUCUUAUCCCAAGAAAAAUAUUUAAAUCUAACUGUGCAUCACUCAUGUACCUGUUCCAUUCCAGUUCUCUCAACUCUCAAGCAGUAACUAUUACCCAAAUAGAGAGGGUCUCUUUGUGAGUUGGGGGGAUUAGAAUUCAAGGAGAUGCAGCAAGAGGGUAUAACUGGGAUUUCCACCAAUGUAUACCAGGAUUGUUCCCUAAGAGAACUCUCAAAUAAACAGGCAGAGGUUCUACAGCAAAAAUUUCUUUAUUAAAAGAGAAAUAAAAGGCAAGCAUACAGAAAAUCACACACAGCAUACACACAGCUAACUAAGAAAACAGUGAGGAAAUGGAAAAGCAGUUUCAAGGAAGGCUAUACACACCCAUCUUGAAGAAGGAGGUUCAUGGAGGAGCAGCAAAAUAACCAGUGCUUCACAGAAUAACAACAACAACAUUUGAUUUAUAUACUGUCCUUCAGGACAACUUAAUGCCCACUCAGAGCAAUUUACAGAGCGUAUUAUUAUUAUCCCCACGACAAUCACCCUGUGAAGUGAGUGGGACUGAGAGAGCUCCAAGAGAGCUGUGACUGACCCAAGUCAACCUGCUGGCUUCAAGUGGAGGAUUGGGGAAUGAAACCUGGCUCUCCAGAUUAGAGUCCUGCUGCUCUUAACCACUACACCAAGAGAAGGAGAGGGCUCAGACACACAUCUGAGCCCAUAUGGCUCCAUAUGCAUAUGGAUCCAGGGACACACACACUGAGCACAUGACUGGACAGCCAAGUUAUAAAGCAAAACAUAUCUUGGGGCAAGGCUGACGUCUUGCAGCCAAAAACAAUUGCUUGAUGGCUGUCUCUAGAGGUGGAACAAUAAAGCAGGAAAGAUUAGAUUACUCUCUCGGAUGGUUUGUAGGCAGAAAUAUGGCUUGACUACCUGGACAGAAACACGUUCAUGUUCGCUGAAUAGCCUGAUCAGGUAAGAUAGGUAAAGGGGAAGCACAGAAGAGUGUUGAUGGGAUUAAGCUGGGAAUCUCCAAAGGGAGCCUCAUUAUCUCUAAUUCUCUCUGGGGUGUGGGGGUCAUUCAGUCAGUCUUUCCCCUAUGACUCACGUCUUGGUAACUUUCCAGUCUCCAGGCCAGCUGGCAUCUGCUCUGCCUGGAGCCAGGCAGUGUCUGGGACUUCUGGCAAGGUGUUUUACGAUAUUUCAUAUCCAUAAACUGCUCUUUUAGUAUGAGAAUCUGACUGCUAACAUAACAGUGAGUGUAAUAUGAUCAAUAUUAUCUGAGAUCUUUUAAUCUCAUUUAUUUCAAUGGGGAGUUUACAGUUUAGCCAUUGAAAUCCAAAAGUGCUUAUGAUCAAUGGGAUAGCAGCUAGUGUUUCUAGCGAUACAGAGAAGAAUUCACAGUCUGGGUCUGUUCAGAAAUUUGACAUUUUCUCAUCACAGGUCUGAAUCUGGAGAAAUGAUAUUCUAAAUGAAAGUGCUAAAUAUGUGCUGGAGUGGGGCUGUCUGAUACAGUUACCAGUAUCACCAGCUAAAAGGAUUCGGGGAAGGGAAGAACCUCCAUUUAAAAUCCUGGCAAGUUGCCACCACUUAGAGUAGACCAUACUGACUUUAGUAGACCAAUGGACUGAAGACAGCUUCAUGUGUUCAGGCUUUAAAUUACGAAAGUAGGUGCAUUCUCAUCUCCCCAUUGCCUUUCUAGCAUCCUAUUUUCUUACAAACUCAUGAGAACGAUUUCCAUUUCCUGUUCCUACCUUCCUCUUUGUCUUCCUUCUUCUUCCGUUCCUGUUUACAUCCUACUAUUUCAAAUCCACAUUCUCCCCUCUCCCGCCCAGGGUCAUGCUGGAUGGCUUGACUGAAUAUUGCUUCUGUUUUAUUUCCAACACUUUCUUCAUUUUUGCAUUCAUUUGUUUUCAUUUUCCACUGGGGAAAUCCAUGUCCGGCUGUAGCAUUUUUUUAUUGUCCAUCCAACUCGGAUGAAACUUUGAGAGACCGUGUUCCUUGCCCAAAGGAUUGUACCGAUAAAUUUCAGAUAAGGACCAUUUAAAUUCUCAUUGCAGUGUGAGUGGAAGCAAACAUUUGGCAUCCUAAGAGCCAAGCUACAAGAGACGAAUUACAA